AUGGACGCGCCCGGAGACACUCAGCCGGAUAGUCAGAUGCUGAAGACAUGGACGAGUGGCAUAUAUACUAGCGAGGGCAAAGAGUUCACUGCUGCCAAAUCACUCUUCAUUGAGCAUUCGGACGACGACAAUGACGACGACCUGCCUACAGACGAGAUGGAUACAGUCUCAUCCAGCCAAGACCAGCAUAUGCCGACGCCUACGAGCCCUACCGUAAUCGAUGCCGACGAACGUGCAGAUGCACAGAACAGCAUGGCGCCUACAAGUCCUCUCAAGUUCCAGACACCGGCAUUGGCAAAUAGGAACAGGGGCAGCUCCAGUUCAGUCAUGCGCAUCAAUACCACACCCGCCACCGCUGCUUCACCCUCAUUGUUCUUCCCAGCAUUUGGUAAUGGGGGUGAUGGCGGACUACAGCACAUCUCUCUUACACAAGCCUUCAAUAAUACCCAGGCGCCUACCUCGCCCGCUGUGGGCGGAGUUGCUGAAGAUGUUGUAUUCACACGCCCUUCGCCCAAUUUCAGCCACUUGAGACACUCCAGUCCGAUUCCAGCCUACUCCAGCCCUAUCAAAGCCAUGCAACCCGAAACUCCGAAAUCAGAUCCUGUCGUGCGGUCAUCCAGCGAGCCACGAGCCGAUUACGUUACAAUGGAGCAGUCACAAGAGAGGCGGAAGAACUCCGUGGGAGACGAGCAUAGCAUGGUUGUAGAGCAGGAUAGCUGGCAGGAGCUUACCAGGAAAGUGAAGGCGCAGAAGGCGAAGGAGCAUGCUCACCGUCGGGCUGCCAGCUCCUUAUCGCAUAUCUCAGUACCAACACCAUUGGUACCGCGAUCCGGGAGGAAGCGCGUGGCAGACGUCUGGCACCCAUCGCCCGUCAAGUUGAAGAAUGCGCGAAGCGGCGUGCACAGCGAAUUUCAUAAGGAGGAUGACGACGACGACGACGAGACAAUGGACGAGGCGUCACAACCCAUUGUGCUGAACGGAGUGAACGAGAACAACACCGAACAAUACCCCGACGAGACGUCACAGAACGCGACCCAUACCGCACGGACUGCAGCGAGACGUAAUAGCAACGACAAUAGCGUCCAGGUUCCCAAGACCUCUUCGCACCCUUACCGCACCCCUUCAGGUCAGCCUUCACGGAACUCUACCCAGCAAGGAAUUUCCUCCUCGCAGCUGCAACGCGAAUUACAACCACAAAACUCGGGGGCACAGCAAUAUCUACGAGAAACGAACCGACCACAUAGCAGCAGGGAAUCAGUCGCUGUCAUGGACUCGCAACCAGAUGCGACUGCCGAUUUUGAUAGUGUACCGCGACCAAAAUCGCUACGGUUCCCGUCAUCACCAUCGAUGAACCAAUACAGCAUCAACCAAACUACCAUGGCUACCAAGACGGGGUAUACAAGUCAGGUCAUAUCCUCAUCAAUGCCUCCAAUGCCACCCAAGUCUAGCACGGAUGAAGGCAAGACCCCCGACGGCGAAGAGCGCGUACCAAGCAGUCCUCCCCUCUUGAGACCCGACGAUGAGGACGUCGAAGAAGGCGAUCUGGAGUACGAUGAGCACACCUAUGACGAGUAUGCGGAGGUAGCAGCUGAGCGGGACACUGCGACACCGACCAUUGAUGAAGACACAGUCAUGGAUGAAGACGACGAUCUACCGCUUGCGAAAGACGAUCUGGAACACGAGGCUACCUUAGAGCACCAAAUUGAAAGGCCGGGUGAGGAAUUGGAUCUGGUCCAACCCGGCAAGGUGGAUCCGGGAACCGGGCAGGAAAUUUCAGAGACAUUCGAACAAGAUCAGCCUAUGGAUGAUGUCGAAUAUCGCAACCCGGCACAGCACAACGAGAUGAAAGAGCCACCCAAACCACCGAGUAUGCGACGUCAGAAUACUGUUCCAGAAACUGAUGCACUCGACGAGACACAGCCCUCUUUCUUUUCAGACAAGACUCCUGCUGAAGCCGCGGAGGACCAGAUUACUGCACCUGGUGACACCAACAGUACAGAGGCUUUCCAAACUGCUCAAGAAGAACACUUGAGAUCUGAGUCAAACAAGCCGGCUCCCGUCAGCUCAAGAGAUAAUGGAAGCGAUGUGAUCCGGGGGGGCAACCGUAUCCACUCUAUCGAUGAUAUCUACAAUCUCCCUGAGACACAGCAGUCAGCAGUGGAGGAAGAAGUUGAGAUGCCGCGAUUGAGUGGUCUCGAAGACGAUGACGAUGCUUUCAUGGCUACAACUUCACCAGCCCAACUCUCAACGAAAAGGCGCAGGGUCACAUAUACCGCAAAGCGCAAUGCCUUUUGCAGUCCACCGAAAGCCACAACGGGUACGGAAUCACUUUCAGACCCGCCUUCGUCACCCCGUCUCGAACAGAUGCAGCAAGCACUUGACAAUACCUCGCCAACUGCAUCAGCCCGCGCACGAGAAGACCAAGGCGCUCUUGCCGCCACGCGCGAAAGAGAAGCGGUACAAGCCCCGUACAAACGAACGACGUCGCUGAAGUCAAAAGCCUUGCCAAAACCCAGUAGGCCCAAGAAAGAGAGACAGGGUGCUCUCAAACCUGUGUCAAGAGAACUCCUGCAGAGCUUGUCGUCACCAGCGAACUCACCAGCGAAAUCAAAAGCUUCUUUAGGUGUUCGGACAAGCACUCCGCUCACACCCACAAAGCCUCGGGAAAUAGUCGAUCCCAAGCCAGCCGAUGUCGAGAUGCUUGACGCUGAUAUGGAGCCGGACGAGCCCAUUAGCUCCUUACCCCAUUCAAGCAACGUUGAAAGACCGCUAGAAAGCUUAUCGCAACGAGCUACAACGCCACCAGGGGAAGUCAUUGUGCCAAACCGAGUCUUUGCGUCCUGGCCGGGGAGCCAUUAUUACCCUGCCACGUGCAUCGGCCGCGCAACUGCCCGCCAGCUGCAGAUACGUUACGACGACGGUAACACCACGUCAAUGGAUGCAAUACAUGUUCGGGCGUUAAAUCUCCGCAGGGGUGAUCAUGUCAAGGUGGAUGAGACUGGCAUGAAGAAAAACACUUACGUUGUUGUCGGUUUCAAGGAUAGGAUCGACGAUCUCGGUGGCGAGGAGUUUCCCACUACUGAUCAACGCGGAUACACGACUAUAAUUCUCGAGGAGCGACCCAGGGAGAGCUUAUCGAGAGGCAAAGCAAUACAGUCAGCUGAGCACAUUUCGGUACCCAUGGCUAGCAUAUACUUGACAGCUGGACUUUGGAAUCGACUUCGCGAUCGAUCCUUCAACUUUUCUCCGCUCAUCUCACCCGCCAAGUCGGCUUCUCACAUUGGCACCCCUGUUGCCGAUCCGUUUACGACGCCUUCUUUCACCCGACGAGGAACGGCAGUACCAUCGCUACUGAAAGAUGUCACUACACGCGCAGCUUCUGUAGCAUCUACCGUUCGAUCCGGCAGCGGUGUAUUCACGAAUAUGGCUUUUGUCCUGACUUCUACAGCAGCAGAUGUGGACAAGGAGGUUGUUGCUAGACAGAUCAAGAGCAAUGGCGGACAGGUCCUAGAACAAGGUUUUCACGAGCUGUUUGAGAGUGAGCCAGCCGAAGCACCAACCUCGUCCCAGAGUCGCCGUAGGUCAGCCUCUACCAUCGAAGGAUCAGUUGGGUUAGUGCUCAAACAAGCAUACAAAGACCUGGGCUUCGUUGCCCUCAUCUCGGACUCACAUUCUCGCAGCACCAAAUACAUCCAAGCACUCGCGCUCAACGUUCCAUGUCUGCAUCUCCGCUGGAUCCAUGACUCGCUCAACACGUCCCGCGCCGCACCGUUUAUGCGAUACCUUCUACCCGCUGGUGUUUCAAAGUUUCUUGACCCGAACGGUGUCGUGCGGUCGCGCACAAUGACACCCUACGACCCCGCUGGCGAGGACCUCACUUUCGCCCAAACCAUCCAGGGCCGUGACCUUCUUUUUCAAGACCAGAAUGUCCUCCUCAUCACCGGCAAAUCGAAGAAGGAAAUCGAAAAACGACAGCCGUUUAUUUUCCUCUCCCACGCUCUUGGCUCCGCUACAGUGGGUCGGUGCGCUGACCUUGUCGCCGCAUCUGAUAUGCUCACCAACGGCAAGUGGGAUUGGGUGUAUGUUGACAACGGUGAAGGCGGUGUUGCUGAGGCUGCCGCGACCUUACUCGGCACCGAGAAGCCUGCUGCUAGUGGCAAACCCAAGAAAGGCAAGAAGAGGAAGAGGGACGAUGCUGAAGUGCACGAAGAACUCCUUGCUAAAGGAGAAGUCGGUGGGAAAAAGGUCAAGGUUACAUGCGCGGAGUUUGUCAUUCAGAGCUUGAUCUUAGGCGCGCUCAUUGAAGACUGA